GCCUGGCGCGGCGGCGGCCGGGGCCGGUACCCGAGGCAGCGGCAGCAGCGGCCGCUCUCGUCCCGCUCCGUGGGGCCAGCAGCGAGCUGGCGGCACGGGCGGUGGGGCCCGAGCGACUGCGAGCAGAAAGACAAGAGCUAACCGAUGCCAUUAUGUGCGCCUCGGCCAAAUACAACACUCGGGGUCCAGCCCUCAUCCCAAGGAUGAAAACCAAGCACCGCAUCUACUACAUCACCCUCUUUUCCAUCGUCCUCCUUGGCCUGAUUGCCACAGGGAUGUUCCAGUUCUGGCCUCACUCCAUUGAGUCAUCCAGUGACUGGACCGUGGAAAAACGCAGCGUCCACGAUGUGCCUGUGGUGAAGCUCCCUGCUGACAGCCCCAUCCCUGAGCGAGGGGACCUCAGCUGCAGGAUGCACACCUGCUUCGACGUCUACCGCUGUGGCUUCAACCCCAAGAACAAGAUCAAAGUGUACAUCUACUCCCUGAAGAAGUACAUGGAUGAGUAUGGGACCUCAGUGAGCAACACCAUCUCCAGGGAGUACAACGAGCUGCUGACAGCCAUCUCAGACAGUGAAUUCUACACUGACGAUGUCAACCGGGCCUGCCUUUUUGUGCCCUCCAUAGAUGUCCUCAACCAGAACUCUCUGAGGAUCAAGGAGACAGCUCAGGCUUUGGCACAGCUCUCUAGGUGGGAUCGAGGCACAAACCACUUGCUCUUCAAUAUGCUGCCUGGAGGGCCACCAGAUUACAACACUGCCCUAGAUGUUCCUAGAGACAGAGCUCUGCUUGCUGGAGGAGGCUUCUCCACGUGGACUUACCGGCAAGGCUAUGAUGUCAGCAUUCCUGUUUACAGCCCUUUGUCUGGAGAAGUGGAUCUGCCAGAAAGAGGACCAGGUCCUCGCAGGUAUUUCAUCCUCUCAUCUCAGAUGGCUCUGCACCCUGAGUACCGCUCGGAGCUGGAAGCUCUUCAGGCUGAGAACGAAGAGUCAGUGCUGAUCCUAGACAAGUGUUCAAACCUGUCAGAGGGGGUCCCUGCUGUUCGCAAACGCUGUCACAAGAACCAGGUCUUUGAUUAUCCUCAAGUCCUUCAGGAGUCCACUUUCUGUGUGGUUCUGCGUGGAGCCCGCCUGGGCCAGGCUGUGCUGAGUGACGUUCUCCAAGCUGGCUGUGUUCCUGUCAUCAUUGCUGACUCCUACAUUUUGCCUUUCUCUGAGGUUCUGGACUGGAAGAGGGCUUCUGUUGUCAUCCCUGAAGAAAAGCUGCCUGAAAUGUACAGCAUCCUCCGGAGUGUCCCUCAGCGACAGAUUGAAGAGAUGCAGAGACAGGCAAGGUGGUUCUGGGAGGCCUAUUUUCGCUCCAUGAAAGCAAUCGCUCUUGCUACCCUUCAGAUCAUCAACGACAGGAUUUACCCUUAUGCUGCCAUUUCUUAUGAGGAAUGGAAUGAUCCCCCAGCUGUGAAAUGGAGCAGUGUGAGCAACCCACUCUUCCUUCCCCUGAUCCCUCCUCAGUCCCAGGGUUUCACAGCCAUAGUUCUGACCUACGACCGCGUGGAGAGCCUUUUCCGGGUCAUCACGGAGGUGUCCAAAGUGCCCAGCCUGUCCAAGCUCUUAGUUGUGUGGAACAACCAGAAUAAGAACCCACCAGAAGAGUCACUCUGGCCAAAGAUUCGUGUUCCCCUGAAAGUUGUUAGGACUGCAGAAAACAAACUCAGUAACCGCUUCUUCCCCUACGAUGAGAUUGAGACCGAGGCAGUGCUGGCCAUUGAUGAUGACAUCAUUAUGCUGACCUCAGAUGAGCUCCAGUUUGGCUAUGAGGUCUGGCGUGAGUUCCCUGACAGGCUGGUUGGGUAUCCAGGCCGCCUGCAUCUUUGGGACCAUGAGAUGAACAAGUGGAAAUACGAGUCGGAGUGGACCAAUGAAGUGUCAAUGGUGCUGACCGGGGCAGCCUUCUAUCACAAGUAUUUCAACUACCUUUACACCUACAAAAUGCCUGGAGACAUCAAGAAUUGGGUGGAUGCUCACAUGAAUUGCGAAGAUAUUGCCAUGAACUUUCUUGUGGCAAAUGUCACUGGCAAAUCAGUCAUCAAGGUGACCCCGCGCAAGAAGUUCAAGUGUCCCGAAUGCACGGCAAUUGAUGGCUUAUCUCUGGACCAGACUCACAUGGUGGAAAGAUCCGAAUGCAUCAACAAGUUCGCCUCUGUCUUUGGGACCAUGCCUCUCAAAGUGGUGGAGCACCGUGCUGACCCUGUCCUCUACAAGGAUGAUUUCCCAGAGAAGCUGAAGAGCUUUCCCAACAUUGGCAGCUUGUAAAGGCAGCUGUGGGACAAAUCCCAGUGAUGUUAAUGAUGGGCGAAAAGGUGCUCUGAGGGCUGUCAAGCCUCGAAGGAUAAAUGGUUGGAGAAUGGGUUCUGCCUGGGGGGGAUGGUGUCUUCUGGUGGCUUCUCUUCCCUUCACAUUGCACAGAGAUGGAAUGGAAAGCUGGACAACUGCUGCUGGUGCCCACGGAGGACUGAAUCUGCUCAUGGGUCCUCUGGGGAGAGUCAGACACAUGCUUAGUGCUGCAGGAAUAAAGCAGAAUCUCAUCCUCUGUGGUCUGACUGAGCCCUUCCAGUGAAUGUGCUGCAGCUCUCUGGUUUGUAAGUGUCCAUCAUUCAAAGCACCGUGGAGCUGCUCUCUGGUGGAGCUCACUGCCUGUGAUGUUGUUUGGUGGGCUCCCAUCUGUCUUUGGCGCUGAGCUGUUUGCUUAAGUAACUGUGUAAGGUUUACUUCUGUGUAGUGAGAUGGGCGUUUGGUUGGUUCUUUUUAGAGGCUGUUUAAAGGGAAAAGAGUUUUGGGUGAGUUCAGUUAUGUAGAUGCAAAGGGAUGCACAGAGAGCUGGGAAGAUGGGCUCCUUCAAAGCUAGAGACCUGCAGGACAGAACUCCCCUUGCUGCACCUCUUCUUCCUGCCAAAUCUCAGGUUUUCUGCUGUCCAUGCAAGAGGCUACAACUCUAUGUCACAACUGCUUGUGUUAUGGGGGGGGGGGGGAAGAUCAGUCUUACUCUGUAUUUUUUUGUCAGCAUUAUCAAAAGAGAGCUCAUGUUACAGUUUUACAUCGUGGCCAUACAUCAGAACGAGAGCUAUGAAGGGAGUUUGUCACAUCUGACUCCCCCCCGAGGCUGGAUGGGGCUCUGGCCAGCCUGAUCCAGGGUAGGGUGUCCCUGCCCAUGGCAGGGGAAUUGGAACUCUAUGAUCCUUGUGGUCCCUUCCAAGCCUGACUGAUUCUGUGAAUCCUUUUCAGCAAGCAAUAGCCAUUGAUCAACCACUUAUAGCCUACAGAAUUCCCCACUUUCAGCCUCAGUUUGCAGGGAUAAAAGUUUGGACAAGACACUCUUAGCACACACAGACUCCUUUAAAUCACUGCUCUUUGCUGGGGCUUUGUCAUUUAAGGAACCCCUUGCCACAGGCUACCACUGAAGCACACAGCUUAGGAAGGCUUCUGGAGCAGCUGUGGUCAUCAGAAUUGUUAGUGCUGAAAUGAACCUGAAGUAGAGAACUAAACGCAGCAAAAUCAGAAAUGAAAUUGCCUGCGCUGCUUCUCCUACCCUUCAGUGUUAAAGAUGAUCCCAAGCUGGGCUGAGAAAGGCAUCCCAGCUCCACUGCUGAAAUGCUUGUGACCAAAUCAGGGUUGGUUGCACCUUUGUGUUGAAAUCGUUGCUGCCACUUAGAGCCCUCCUGCUGUUAUUUCUGUUACACUGCAAGCAAGCCUUACUCCUCAGACUUUGCCACCCCCUCGCACCCCAAACAAUAGGACAAGUGUUAGGCAUCACGGCUCACCCCCUCUCCCUAAGCUGGAUAGGCAGCAGUGAGAGAAACCAAAUGAAAGUCAGGCUGGGAACAGGAAACAUCUGCUCCUAUUUGUCUCACCCCCGCUAAGACCUUAUCUUAUUGCCCAACGCCAUAGCCACGCUGCGAAUGAAAAUCAAGUUGGAACAAUAGCUCUGAGGGGAUGCUUCUCUUCCCAGCUCCUCUGGGAUCUGACUGUAAACUGGAUCAUCAUCUUCUCUAGGAGCCUUUAAUUACUAGUUAGUGGGAUUUGCUGCUGACUUUGUCUGGUUCCUCAGUUGCUGUGGUGUUGGGCAGCAAGGAGGAGCUGGCACUCUGCAGGGGGGUGUCACAAGGUAGAGGAAGGUUUAUUUCUUGUUUUCUCUCCUUUGCAGCCUCUCAGGUUUGUUUCUUCCUGAAUCCCAGUGUGGUGGGGUUGAAAGGGACGAUCAUUCAGUCCAACCCCCCUGCUAAAACAGGGGCACCCACGGCAGCUUGCCCAGGAUCUCAGUGCCCAGCUGGGUUUGGAAUCUCUGCAGACAAGGAGACUCCACAGCCUCUCUGGGCAGCCUGCUCCAGGGCUCCAGCACCCUCACAACAAGCAAGUUUUCCCGGUACCAUUUAAAUGCAAUGUCCUGGGUUCUGGUUUGUGCCUGUUAUCCUUGUCCUGUCACUGGGCACCACUGACAAGGGUCUGGCCCCAUCCUCUUGCCCCCCAGCAUUGCUCAGAUCCCCUCUCAGGCUGCUCUUCUCCAAGCUCAACAGCCCCAGGGCUCUCAGCCUUUCCUUCUCACAGAUGCUCCAGGCCCCUCAGCAUCCUUGCAGCCUCUGCUGGACUCUCUCCAGUAGUUGUCUGUCUGUAUUGAACUGGAGAGCCCAGAACUAGACCUGGGACUCCAGAUGUGGCCUCUUUAUGUCCUGCUGCUUGAGCAUCAGGAGGUACCAGUGUAAUUCCUCUCCAAAAGUUUGCUUUGGAAGGGUGAUUGUGGCAGUGUGGUGGUCCCUUCAGUUUGGGAUGUUCUUUUGGGGGCUGAGCUCAGCAGCUGAGCCUAGUCAGACCAUUUUCCUUAUACGGGGUUGUGAAGCUGCUCCAAUUUCUUGGUUCUUUCCCAGCAAGUUAGUAAAAAGCUCAGAGUUUGCAGAGUCUCAUUGGAUUUGGAACGGUUGGGUAUUUUCAGGUGGGGACAGCCUAACCAACCAUCCUAAACUGAUCUACAGGUGAGUGAGAAGUCCUCAUGCUUGCAUCCCAAAGCAUUCCUGCGUGGAUUCUCCUUCCACAGAAUUCUCUGUGAUGCCUAUCAGUCAUGUUUGGAUAUUUUACCAUUGCUUUUAUGGGGCCAUCUCAUUCAGGACUCAAUUUGCCUCUGGUUUGGACCAGAAAAUUGGGCAUUUAACUGUCAAAGUUGUCAUAAAAUGGUUUGUUUCCCCUCUCCCUUGCUGAUUGUGAUGCUCUGGAUGCAAGAUCUGUAAAGGUAGGCUCUGGAAUGAGUUUGUGUCAGUCUUUAAGGUCACUUUUGACUUUUUCCUGUGUAGGUGCUAAACCUCACCCAAACAAAGUAAAAGAUAAUGUUGGUAUAUUAAAAAGUCAAUCCAA